CCGGCUCAGGCCAUCAGAGCCGCCCCACCCCUACGGCGCCGGCGCGGGCGGGAAGCCCCCUGGGCGCGGCGGGUGGGGCUGGGGGCGCCUCGGGGAGCAGGUGCGUCUCCUCACGUCCCCAGGCUCUCAUUACCUGCCGGCAGUGCAGGCCGCACCUGGGGCCUCACUGGCCUCCGCCCCUGUUGCCCUUCCCUCCCCCUGCUCCCCACCUCCCCGGAGCUUCUGCCUGGGCAGAGGGGAACGGACUGCAGGGUGUGCCCAGCCUUGGGAGCUGGGGUGCUGUGCCCGUGUGCCCUGUCUGGAGCCGGGAUCCCCAGGUUCAGCCCUCGGCACAGAGGGACCAGUGCCCACCCGCACGGUGCAGAGCGAUCCUGACGCACACAUCGCUCGAGGGCCUAUUCCUGAGCUCGCGCGAGGUGGCAGGGGUCCGUGUGGGCUCUGGGGAGAAAGUCCAAGAGAAGAGGGCAACGCAGGUCCCCAACAGAUGCCUGAGGGGAGCACCGAAGGGGCUCCCGAUCCUAAGCGCACCUUGGCGCGGGUAGAGGGUGUCCCGCCAGGGCAGGGAACUGGGGUGAGUGGGCCUCAGGCUGGGAACGGCCUGGCCACGGAAUAGCAGCCUGGCGUCCCUUCUUACUAUGGUCCCUCUGCUCCCGUCCCCAUUUCUGAGAAUACCCGUGGAUCGCACCCACCCUUGCCCAAAGGAGCCCCUAUCUGAGCAGAAGGCCAGCAGGCCAGGGGCUUGACUGGGGCUUGAGUGGGGGUUGUCCCCUGGGUGCCCACCUGCCCACAGUCUUUCCAAGGCAGUGUCCCCUAGCUGGAGCCCACGCCCUUCUAGGGCCCAUCCUCCUGCCCCUUCCCUGGGUCAGGCAGUUGGUCAGAGAAGCCAGUCGUCCCCAGCCGGGGGACAGCUGUGUUUCCUGGUGGCCUCCAGCUUCUGUGGAUGCCCAUCCAUCCAGAGAGGACCCCGCCUGUGUGGGCAGAGCUCACUGGGCCCUAAGGGGGAUCGUCCAGUUCCCCUCUAGUCCCCGUGCCUCUGCUCAUCCUAGACCCCUGGCCCUGGCAGCAGUGGAAACGGGCUUGGAUGACUGCUGGCCAAAGGCCAUGCCCCCAUCCUGCCCCGCCCCCAGCACUCCCUAGAGGACGGGGACUCUACCUCCAAACAGCAGAAAUAGAUCUGUUUGCAACUCUUAAAAAUGGUCCAGCAUGAGGGUGGGGGGUGGAGAAAGGUGCCUGGGGUGACGGUGACAAGCUGGAGAAGGGAGAGAAAGGGCCAGGACUGGGCAAUGUGGGGGAGGUGUUGGUAUCCCCCCUUAGGGAUAAAGGCCCUCCCCCACAGUCUGGAGGGGUGGGCUGGGGUCACUGUUCUCCAGCUGGCCCCAUUAAGCCCUCUGUGCAGCUGCGGAAGGUGCGCUGCCUGUCCCCUUCCCCAACGCCUUGCAGGACCCCCACCCAGCACACUUGUGCAGCCAGGCAGUGUCACCAACCUGGUGGCACCACACCCAUGUCAUAUGUGGUUGUCACACAAUUGCAAGGACACAUUCCUAGGGUGGUCAGGCCCCACCACAUCCUGAGGGCGCCACAUAUUGGCAUUGGGGUAAGGACACCAGCCCACCUGCCCCACAAAUCCCCUCUCCUGGAGACCCACCCCCUCAGGGAGCCCCCCACCUGGUCCCAGCUGAGCCCCACACCCUCUGGACCAAAGGCCCCUCUCUGAACCCCCAGCUCCAGGCCGGCAUCCCCGGGUGCCCCUCUACCCACUUGCCCCCCGCCCGCAAGCACGGGCCUCAGCUCCUCGAGUAGGUGGGGCGGGCAACCGGGGCGGGGCAGCAGCUCGGACACCACCCGGCGGGCUUCGCGUACGAUGGCAGGUGACCCCACGGCCCCCGGCGGGCGCCCCCGCACGCAGAUGCCGCAUCUAAGCAAGAUGGAGCGGCUGACCGUGAGCCUGCAGAACCCAGACCAGGGCGCGCGGAUGCGCAGCCAGCGCCUGCUCGUCGCCGCCGUUCCCCACGCCGUGGCAGGCAGCGCGCCCCUGGAGCGGCUGGCCCAGAAGCACUGCAUCUCAGGAGGGUCAGGGGAGGCUCCGCACCUGGGCACCCUCCUGCUGCGGCACGGCUGCCUGUACCCGCUGCGGGAGCACCGCAGCCUCGGGCUCCAGCCAGAUGGUUCGCCCUGCAGGUUCCAGACACUGUACUUCUGGACCAGCACCCUGUGGCCAGCUCCCGAGCUGGACUUUGCCAUCUACCUGGCCAAAAAGAACACCCAAAAGCAGGGGGCCCUGGUCGACCAUGAGAGGGAGCAGUACGACCAACCGCACAGGAAGACAUACACAUGGGACCUGGUAGUGAUGCAGGCUGGAGAGCAGCUGCGUGAGAUGCAGCCACGCAGGAAAGGGGACAGACUUGUCAUCGCAUGCCAGGAGCAGACCUACUGGCUGGUCAAUAGGCCCCCGGCAAGCACCUUACGUGGGGAGGGCGGUUUCUUGGGCAGCAGCAGGGUCUUGCUGGGAGGCCAUGUGCUCUCAGGAUGUGUGCUUCAAGCCCUUGGGAAGGACACGCCUUUUGGGGUCCCAGCUAGUGACAGGAGAGUCUGGUUCUGUGGUCAUCAGAAUCGAGGUGGCAUGAGGCCAGGCUGGAGGUCACCCCCCACCUGCAGACCAGAGGACAAGCCAGCUUCUCUCUGGAGGCAUGGAUCGAGCUCAGAAGAGCCCUCAGCUGGUGAGGCGACAGAGGCAGGCAGGGUGGAGGGGACUCCUGCUCGGGGAUUCACACUAAGGGUGAUGCAAGGGCACAGAGCUUCAGCGUAUGGGGGCUCUGGGGUGGCACUUGUGACUGGAGUGGGCUGGAGACCCCAGUGCAGAGCCCAGACCCUGCCUCAAGGGCUUGUUACCACAGCCCUCCCUGCACUGUCCCUGGCACCAUGCCCUGCCCCCAGGUACCUGAAGUUCAGUGGUCAGCAUGGGCCCCGUGGUCCUCCCAGCAUCCUGUGGUCGUGGUUCAGCCUGGGAGCCCACUCAUCUCCAGAACCACUAACUGGAGCAAGACACAGGUGGUUUCCUGUGGGUGGCAUCCGUCAUGUGGGGAGAAGGUGCAGGCCUCUGCGUGGGCUCACCGGCUACCCUGCACCCGCACUGUGGGGCUUGCGGAGUGACGCACGCUGCUGGGCGGAACCCAGCCUCCCGGGGGCCCAGAGCCAGCCCCAGGCUCACCCUGCCUGCUGGACGUUCCAGACGUCAUCCUGCAGACCCAUCAUGUCAGGGUGCCUGCCCAGCAACCCUUGAGUCACAGACAAUGUCCCCUUCUGGGCGGUGGGUGCCCCUAGCGUGGCUGUGCUCACAAAGGUCCGCGUGGAGCUACGGGCCUUCAGCUUCCGGGAGCUCCUGGAACACCCUAUGGGACGAGCCCACUUCACGGACUUUCUCCAGAAAGAAUUCAGUGGUGAGAAGCCCCACCCCCCACCUCAUGGCCCCAGGGAGGGAGGCUGCCCUCCUCCAUGCUGUGGGUUCUUCACCAGGGCUGUACACAGAGGCGCCACCAUCCUCACGCCUGUCCACGCCCCAGCUCAUGGCAGGGCUUUGCCAGGGCACCUUUGGGGAAGGGGGUGGUGACACCACUCAUCUUCCUGAGGGGGUCCCACCCUCCCCCAGACUCGUGGGGAGGCGCAGCUGCUCCUUUGAGGGCACAACUCUACUGGCCCACCUCUCCUGCUCUCACCCACUCCUGGCACAGAAAUUAAAGACCUUGCUGUGGUCCACAUUGUGGUGUGUGCACGUGUGUGUGUGUG